CUCAGGGGGUUCUGAUUUCUGCUUUCUGGUUACAAAUCGCGACCUCGCCCUCUCUUCUUCUCUACGCUCUCUCUAGCCAUUUGUCUCCAGGUCUCUCCUAGCAGAUCUUCUUCGAGGAGCCUGCGUGCUAGGUUUACACCGCGUUCUUCCUUGUCGAUUUAUAGAUCUUGAAAGGUAGAAGCAGCUGAUUCCAGGAACCAUGAUGUCCUUUGAAAUGAAUGACCGAAAAAAAAUUGGGUUAGGCCUGACAGGAUUUGGCGUGUUUUUCUCGUUUUUGGGGAUGAUCUUAAUGUUUGAUAAGGGGUUACUUGCCAUGGGAAAUAUCCUUUUCGUCUCUGGGGUUAGUCUAACCAUUGGCCUCAAGUCUACCAUGCAGUUUUUCAUGAAGCGUCAAAACUAUAAGGGAACCAUUUCUUUCGGGGCCGGCUUCUUCUUUGUAGUCAUUGGAUGGCCUAUCCUGGGGAUGAUGCUGGAGACCUAUGGCUUCUUUGUACUCUUCAGUGGCUUCUGGCCAACCUUGGCAGUUUUUGCUCAAAAGAUACCCGUCCUCGGUUGGAUCAUUCAGCAACCAUAUAUAAGAUCGUUCUUUGACAAGUACCGGGGCAAGCGUGUGCCCGUCUAGUCCGGUAGUCCCCUCGCCCAACUCUAGAGAGAAUUUACUGAGCUAGAUGCAGCGGAACAAGCGAUUAAAGUCUUUGGAAGAAGAAGUUGGUAUGCUUGCCGACAACUCCUGUAGAAAACUAAACCAAUAGGAGAAAGAAAUUAGCAUGGAGCAAAACUUACCGACUUGAAGCAGUGUGUGUCUGUCUACUUAAAGACAAACUCAGUGACGUAAACCUCUUGAUGGGUUUGUAAAUUUUUUGGUUUAAACUCUUUUCUUUUUUACGAAAUGUUCCCCAUCUGAUUAUACAUCGCCGUUUUUUUUUGCAUAUAUGUUCAAAAUUGCCUAGCACACCGAUA